AACUCGUUUUAGUACACCUUCCAUAUUCGGCGAGGAGUGUAGAGCGCGCGAUCUCCUUCGACGACUUGUGACUCAUUUCACCCUACUCCUUUUCCCAGCCUUUUCCUCGCCAAAAUUUCCAUCGAUCGCAUGCUGUACUCAGAUUCAGCAUCAUAGAGAUCUGUACAGUCGUGCAGUCCUUCCAACGAAUCCGCUUUCGAAUUGUAUCAUUAGUUGUACAACAUCGCUCAUCAACCCGACUCCUGCCCUCCUGGUCGCCGUCUUCCUACCUCUUUCACCGCAAAUCCUCUGGUCUCGGCUCCCCUCGCGCCUCCCCAAAACCAACGCUAGACAUGAGCACGGGCUUCAAGAUCCCCUCACACUACAGGGAGCUGCCCCAGUUGCCGGGCGUAGAGUUCGAGCGAUGUGUCAUGGACGCGUUCCGGACAGCGAUCGCACAACUCGUCGCGGAGGCUCUACCGGCCUUGACCAUUGAAAAGGUCCUGGAAGGAGUGGACUAUGGGAAGAAGGACGACGACUUCACCGUACACCUUGGUCGGUUCAGGCUGCCUGGCAAGCUGGAUGAGAAUAGCCAAAAGGUCGUGGACAAGCUCCAACCAGGCGACGAUUGGGUAGAAAAAGUCUUUGUUGACAAGGGCUUCAUCCGUUUCACCGUCAACACCACAACUAUGAACCGCCUAGUCCUCGAUCAAGUGUACACUCUCACGCAUGCCACACCGUCAGGCCUGUCCGAGUACGGCUCAAACACGUUGGGAAAAGGGAAGCGCGUCAUCAUUGAAUACUCUUCACCAAAUAUUGCAAAGCAGUUCCACGUCGGACAUUUGCGAAGUACCAUCAUCGGCGCCUUCCUUCGCAACCUGUAUGAGGCGUGCGGAUGGGAGGUCAUCUCCAUGAACUAUCUGGGUGAUUGGGGGACACAAUUCGGCCUGAUCGCCGUCGGUUUCGAAAAGUACGGCUCACGAGAAGAGCUCGAGAAAGACGCCAUCAAGCACCUCUUCGACGUCUACGUAAAGAUCAACGCCGACGCCGACAAGGAUCCAUCCGUCAAGGCCGACGCAGCUGCGUUCUUCAAGCGCAUGGAGGAUGGCGACGAGACCGCGCUCGCGGACUGGCGAAUGUGGCGUGAAUUGUCGGUAAAGAAGUACGAGGAAGAUUACAAGCGGCUGAAUGUACACUUCGACGUGUACACAGGUGAGAGCCAGGUCGGGAAGGAGAGUCAGGCCCAGGCGCUUUCCCAGCUAGAGCAGCUGGGCCUCAUCGAGGAAAGUGAGGGCGCGAAGCUUGUGAAUCUGGAGGAGUACAAGCUCGCCAAGGCCGUUGUUCGGAAAAAGGAUGGGACAUCCAUCUACCUCACGCGCGACAUAGGCGGUGCCAUGGAGCGCUACGAGAAGUACAAGUUCGACAAGAUGUUAUACGUCAUCUCGUCUCAGCAGGACUUGCACGUCGCGCAGUUCAUCAAGGUGCUCAAGCUGAUGGGCUUCCCGUGGGCGGACAACAUCGAGCAUAUCAACUACGGGCUUGUGCAAGGCAUGAGCACGCGCAAGGGCACGGUUGUGUUCCUUGACGAUAUCAUCCGUGAGGCAGGCAAUGUCAUGCUCGAGCACAUGCGCACGAAUGAGGCCAAGAUGAAUCGUAUCGAUGAUCCAGAGGCGGUCGCCCAGGAGGUCGGCAUUUCUGGGAUCAAGAUCCAGGACCAGACGUCGAAACGGAUUAACAACUACGUAUUCAACUGGGACCGUAUGCUCUCCUCUGACGGCGACACCGGACCGUACCUGCAGUACGCGCACGUCCGCAUCUUGUCGAUAACGCGGAACAAUCCAGAGCUACUGCCCUUGCCGCCAAUGUCCGAGAUCAAGACGGAGCUGCUCACAGAGCCUGUCUGUCGAGAGCUCAUCCUCAACCUCGGGCAGUGGCCGUUCGUCGUGAAGAUGUCGAUGAAGAAGCACGAGCCGAGCGAAAUCGCAAACUAUGCGUUCCGCCUCGCACAUUUGAUCUCGCAGGCUUGGACGCCCCUCAAAAUCAAAGGCGAGCCGGACAUCGAGAAGGCGCGCGCACGAAUGUGGCUGUUCCUCCGGGCCAAAGACGUGCUAGCAUCGGCGAUGCGGCUUCUGACGUUGAGGCCUGUGGAGUAUAUGUAGAACGUUGGGUGUGUAAUGCAGUCAUAAUUCUUGUACAUCUUGCCAGCAUAGAUUCGACAAUCGUCGUCCUGACAUCCUGCAAGGCACUCACGAAUGAGUCGGGACAUCGACCAGUUCUCGGUGGCCUUCGUGCUUCAAUCCAUGCAUGCGCGC